CACGAAGUAGUCGCGGUGGGAUAGGAAGCUAUUUCCCAAAUCCCUAUCAUCUGCCCUCCACCUCCACCCCGCAACUCGCCCAGCAUGUCUCUCAACAUCCCAAAUGCUCCGAAUGCGAACCUUUUUAAGCAGGGUUACCAAAAGUAAGUCUGUCACUGAUUGUUCUAGCCUCAGCAACUAAUAUAUUCCAGCUAUGAAUCCGAGGAUGGCGCUGUUCUACGAAAUAUCGAUGCUUGUAGGACGAUCACCUCAACUGUGCAAACAUCCCUGGGACCUUAUGGACGAAACAAAAUUGUCAUCAACCAUCUACAAAAGAUGAUCCUCACUUCAGACGCUGCCACCAUCCUCCGAGAACUCGAUGUCGUACACCCCGCCGCAAAAUUGGUGGUAAUGGCCAGUCAACAGCAAGAAGCAGAAAUGGGAGAUGCCACAAAUUUGGUUAUUAUUCUUGCAGGAGAACUGCUCAAGAAAGCAGAAGAGCUCCUGCGAAUGGGCCUGAAAACCAGCGAUGUGAUCAGAGGAUACGAAAUGGCACAAAAGUUUGCUCUGGAAGAGCUUGAGAAUUUGGUUGUCGACCAAGUAGAUGAUAUUCGAUCACAGAAGGAGCUGAGCAAAGCCAUCAAAACUGUCAUUGCCAGCAAGCAGAACGGGAACGAGGACUUUUUGGCAGAGAUGGUAUCCGAGGCAGUUUUGGCGGUUCUCCCAAAGAACCCCAUCAACUUCAACGUCGACAACAUCAGAGUGGUGAAGAUUAUGGGAGGAAGUUUGGAUCAGAGUCGGGUAGUCAAGGGAAUGGUUUUCGGACGUGAGCCAGACGGAUCCGUCAAGAAGGCAGUCAAAGCCCGAGUUGGUGUCUUCUCAUGUCCAAUUGACACCAGUCAGACUGAGACAAAAGGUACAGUUUUGUUGCACAACGCCAAGGAGAUGUUGGAUUUCACAAAAGGUGAGGAGAGCCAGCUUGAGACAGUCAUUAAGGAGUUAUAUGAUUCUGGCAUGCGUGUAGUCGUUGCUGGAUCGACGGUUGGAGAGUUGGCUAUGCACUACCUCAACCGUUACGGCAUGCUUGUUAUCCGAAUUCUCAGCAAAUUUGAACUCCGAAGAUUAUGUAGAGUGGUUGGCGCAACUCCUCUGGCUAGAUUAGGAGCACCGAUGCCGGAUGAGAUGGGAAGUGUCGAUGUUGUUGAGACCCUUGAGAUUGGUGGAGACCGAGUCACAGUUUUCAGACAAGAGAAUGAAACGACAAGAACAGCUACUUUGGUCAUCCGAGGUGCAACACAAAACCAUCUGGAUGAUAUUGAGCGGGCAGUUGAUGAUGGAGUGAACGUUGUUAAGGCUAUCACAAGAGACCCAAGACUGGUUCCGGGUGCUGGAGCCACAGAGUUGCAGUUGGUUGAGCGAAUACAGACUUUUGGAGACAAAACUCCUGGAAUCGCUCAAUACUCUAUCCGCAAAUUUGGAGAGGCUUUUGAGGUCAUUCCAAGAACACUCGCCGAGAGUGCUGGUUUGGACGCUACCGAAGUUCUGAGCAGACUUUACACAGCCCAUCACAAGCGAGAUAUUUGGACCACUGGUGUUGAUAUCGAGGUAUGAAAUGGGCCCACCUUAGUACUCCGAGCCCUCGUACUAACUGUUAUAGAAUGAUGACAACACAGGUACUUUAGACGCCAAGGAUGAGGGUAUUCUAGAUUUGAUGAUCGCAAAGAGCUGGGCCAUCAAGCUUGCCACUGAGGCUGCUAGAACCGUGCUCUCAGUUGAUCAAAUCAUUGUCGCAAGACAAGCCGGUGGACCAAAGCCACCUGGACCGAACCCCGUAAGUUUACUAGUACUCAUACCACAAAGGUUUAUCGCUAAUUUUUCCUCUUGCAGAACUGGGAUGAGGAUUAGAUUUGUUGGCAUAAUGAGAAGCGUCAUGAAUGUAUAAUGAAAACUAGAUCCAUGAAAUACCCCGGAAAGAGUUUUUGAAUCUUCAGACUACGUAUCCUGAUCGUG